CUGCCACGUUGAGCAUCCAUGAUACCCACGAUGAUCAUCCGCUAUCCGUUUCACCACCCACUGACGAACCAGAGGGGCCGCCGGGAAUAGACGCCGCCCCGAUGAGGAAAUCCAAUAGCCGACGCCGCCUCGGUCCUUGGCAAGUUGGCGCACCACCACCUACGAGUACGGAGUACACCUGGAGCAACGUGAUUGUUUGUUAUCUCCAUCAUCGUCAGGUGUGUCUCUCUUUUCAUUGUACCCCGUACCCCCCGGUUCCACAUAGAUGCCCUUUUGCUUUGAAACGGUGCAGGGUCGGAGCCACGGGCCCACACUCACCGUGCAACAACUGCGAGACGGUGGCAAGUGGGCCUCCGCCGCCGUUGAACCUUCUUCCCACCUAACCAGCACGGACUCCGCUCCUGCAACACCUCUCGCAAGCGUCCGCCUCGGCAGCACAGGUACAAAGCCCAAAGCACAAAGAUCAUGCGGCCACUCGCAGAUCGCAGUCUUGCAAGAGCAAAAGCCGGUGUCACGGCUGUGGGGCCUCUUUGUGCCCUUUGUAGCACUGCGCUUGCAGUCCGGCCUCUCUAACCUCACGUUAUCAAAUACAGAUAGGCGCCUGCUUUUAAGCACGCAUCGCGCCAACAGGAAGCCAAUCAUCCCAACUCCACAAGUCCACUCAUCAUCACCGCUCCCUGGCAUGCCUCGACUCGGGUUGUACACACUCGUACAAUAGCCGCCCGAUCUUAUAGCCAUUCACGUUCCCCGCAGGCGCCACGCUGCGGCGCAAGGAAAUACAAUUCCCCAGAUCAACUAGACGAUCGCCGCUGAUCAGGAGGAAGCACCGUAUACGUCUUUUUUUUUAGUUGAGAAGGAGUGUAUGCGCGCUUUUCCAUGACGCAAUACCAACUCUGCAAUCUUCUUUUAAGUUGAUCCAUAUGAAAGACUCCUGAUCGUGGGAAGGUGUAGGCACUGCACAGUGCUUGCCAGUGACGACAUGCAAAGCAAAGCGGCUGCU